UCUAAAGAAAGUAGAGAUAAUGUAGCGGAGUCGAGCUAGGAGGAUCCUACUUUGCCCCUUGCAGUCCGGCAGCUGGAGAAAUGUAUGAGGAUCACUGGCCAUAAUUAACCCAAUACUUUAGAUUUCUGCUUUACUUUUCCUUUCUGCCAAAUAUUUAUUGUCCAUAUAUAUCGUUAUGCUUCUCAGACGCUCGUACAUCUCAUUUCCGUUCAGCUCUCCUUAAAUACGUGGUGCCUACUUGCACCCACUCGACCAUUCUCCAACCAUGUCCGACAUCAUGAAGAAGGAACACGAGGACCUUGGCGAUGGCCAUGGAAUAGGUCCGGUACCGUCAUAUGGAGCUGGACACAUUGGUGAUUCUCGUGGGCCGAGCACGACUACUCACGACGCUGUGUUUGGGGAAAUAGUAGAGGGAGGACCAAAUUACCGUAAUGUAGGAUGGAUAGGCACAUCAGUAUUGAUGAUGAAGACCCAGAUCGGCCUGGGCGUUCUAUCAAUUCCAUCGGCUUUUGACGCCCUCGGCCUCGUACCGGGUGUCAUAGUCCUCUGCGCUAUCGCUGCCAUCACCACUUGGUCGGACUAUAUCGUCGGAGUCUUCAAGCUAAAUCACCCCGAGGUCUACGGUAUCGAUGACGUGGGUCAGCUGCUAUUUGGCCGCAUAGGACGCAUUAUUUUUGGCGGUGCUUUUGUUUUGUACUGGAUUUUUGUUGUCGGUUCAGCUAUGCUCAGUUUGUCGAUUGCUCUAAAUGCGCUAUCAGAUCACGGUGCUUGUACAGCGGUAUUUGUUGCUGUUGCUGCCAUUGCCAUCUUUUGCAUGGCUAGCAUACGUACCUUGGGGAAGAUCAGUUGGCUUGCGUGGGUAGGCAUAAUCUGCAUCUUGACCGCUGUUUUCACUGUUACCAUUGCGGUAGGCCUCGAGGACCGCCCAUAUGCCGCUCCUCAAGAUGGUGUCUGGGUCCCGGAUUACAAGAUUGUCGGCAAUCCGUCGUUUACGAAUGCCAUAUCGGCCGUCUCUUCCAUCAUUUUCGCCUAUGCCGGUACACCAGGCUUCUUUGCAAUCGCCGCCGAGAUGCGGGACCCACGUCACUACACCCGUUCUUUGAUCAUUUGCCAGACAACCGUCACUGUCACUUAUUGCAUCGUUGGAAUCGUUAUUUACUACUUUUGCGGGUCGUACGUCGCUACGCCUGCGCCAGGCUCAGCUGGUCCUCUCAUCAAGAAGAUUGCCUAUGGUAUCGCUCUGCCUGGACUAUUAGUUUCUGGCAUAAUCUGCGCCCAUUUGCCAAGUAAAUACAUCUUUGUGCAGACUUUACGCGGGUCGAAACACUUGACAGCCAACACCUUGACUCACUGGUCUGUCUGGCUCGGCUGUACUUUUGCGGUUACCUUGAUUGCAUAUGUAAUUGCCAGUGCUAUCCCGGUGUUUGGAGGUCUCGUGUCCUUGGUCGGUGCUUUGCUCGGCACCCUGAUGUCAUUCCAGCCGAUGGGCGCCAUGUGGCUCUAUGACAACUGGAACCGAAAGUAUCGGGGAACCGGAUGGAAAUUAAUGGUUGCCUUCAGCAUUUUCGUGAUAGCAUCAGGUACUUUCCUCAUGAUUGCUGGUACGUACGGGACCAUCAGCGACAUUAUCGCGUCCUACACGAAGGAAGGUGGGUCAAGCGCAUGGUCAUGCGCCGAUAACUCGGGAUCGUCGUCAGGCUCUCACUAAGCUGGGAGAUCUUAGAUGCAUCCAAUGAGCAUUAGAUAUUUAGCGCAAUUAUACCAAGAUCGCACAAGGUUACAAAAUCUACUCGAAAGGCAUUUGCAUCGCAAAUUGUGGCAGAGUAAGAUGCAUCCGGAAUUGGUCCCCCUUCCACCAGGCGCAAUGUCCUCCAUCUAAUAUAAUCCGGCCCCAUAAAAUAUCUCCGGGUCUAAGUCUCUGUGAAUCUCUAGUGACACCUUGGACUUAACCACUUCUCGUCCCUCCAAACCAUUUAGCCGCUUCUUGGAUUGUUGAUGGCAGACCUGACAGCCAGCAAGCCCUACAAUGUGUAGCG